GAAAGACACUCAAAGAGAACUGUUGCUCAAACCCUGUUGAGAGGCUUCUCUAAAGCCAUCAUGAGUCCGAGAUUUCUCAUUGUCCUUGUAGCUCUUGGUACCAAGUUCUUCUAUGUUGGAGCUCUUCCAAAACCCAUCUCUAAUAUCACAGUGAUAGGUGCAGUCUUCUGUGAUGUGUGCUCGAACAACACCUUCUCCAAGCACAGCUACUUCAUCAAAGGUGUUGAAGUGCUGAUACAGUGCAAGUUCAAAGCAAAUUCCAUGCCGACAGAGGAGAUAUCGAUCAUGGCUGAGAGAACCACUGAUAGAUUUGGAGUUUAUAAGCUCGACAUUCCCCCUGUUGAUGGAUUAGAAUGCAGAGAAGGCCGAGAGGUGAAGUCCUUAUGCCGUGCCAGCCUGAUCAAGAGUUCAUCCUCUCUCUGCAGUGUUCCUGGCUUGAGGAGAUCAACCGAGCAUGUGGCAAUCAAAUCCAGAGAUGCAGAUAUCUGUUUCUUUAACUUGAAUGCGCUGAACUUCAGGCCAGCAAAGAUGGACACUUCCAUGUGUAGGACUGACGAGGAACAAAUGUCACGUCCUCUCAACUCCUCGUUAUUCUUUUGGCCAAGUUGGCCUCUAUUUGGACUCCCUUGGCCAAAUUUGCCACCUCUUCCUUUUCCCUUCCCUCCCAUAACAUUCCCAAGCCCCUCAUCCUUCCCUUUCUCACUACCUUCCUGGCUUCUUCCAUUCUUAAAGCCACCAUAUUUUCCUCUCCCCUUCUCCUCAUCACCAGAUUCACCGACCUUUCGUUUCCCAUUUCCACCCAUCCCCUUUUGGACACCAACACCAUCUCCCCCUCCACCUCUGCCUCCUACCACAGCCAAGGUCAUGUCAUCACAACCUUAACCUCUACUUUUCUCAGGAGGCCAAGAUCUUAGGUAUAAUGCAUCUCCUCCCCAGAGCCCCAGUCAGCUAUUGUAGCUUCUGUACUAAUUUCAUCUGACCUUAUCAUUUUUAGUGCAGGUGAUCAGUGGUCAGAAUAAGAACAUUGCAUGAGAUUACAUUAUCUAUCGCUACUUUGAAUAUU